AUGAGGUUCUCAACCCUGUUGUUCCUGGUUCUCCAGGCCGCUAGCACGUGCGUGGGACUCCCAAGCUCGAGUUCUCGGGACCCAGUCAUUGUAAAAGCAACAGCAGAGCUAGACAUCCUUGCUCGUUCGGCUCUCGAAAGGACCCUCAAAGCGGCCAAGGGAAGCCAGUGCACACCAGACAAGAUCAAGAUCAGAAGAGAAUGGGGAACACUCGCCAAAGCAGAGAGGCUUCAGUACAUCCAAGCCGUCCAAUGUCUGCAGGCCAAACCCUCCCGAUAUCCCUCGUCACUAGCCCCUGGCGCCAAGUCCCGCUUCGAUGACUUCGUCGUCACCCACAUCAACCAGACCCAAACCGCCCACUACACCGGCAACUUCCUCGGCCUGCACCGCUACUUCACCGCGCUGUACGAGCAAGCCCUGCGCGAAGAAUGCGGGUAUCGCGGUACCCAACCCUACUGGGACUGGGCCAAGACCGCCGAGACCGCUCUCUCCGCCUCCCCCAUCUUCGACGGUAGCGCGACCUCCAUGUCCGGCAACGGCGUCUACAUUCCUAACCAAGGAGACAUCGUCCUCGGCGUUGAGGGAAGCGAUCUGCCGCCUGUGUACCUCCCCGCAGGCACGGGCGGCGGCUGUGUUACUUCAGGUCCCUUUGUCAACAUGACCGUCAACCUUGGCCCCAUCGCCCUCGACGUUCCCGGCGGCGGACCGCAGGAAUCGAACCCGGCUGGUCCAUUCGCCUGGAACCCAAGAUGUCUGCGCCGCGAUCUAACCGAUGCUGUCAACCAGCGCUUCGCCAACGCUUCCUCCAUCGCACAUCUCCUCUCCCAAGAAACGAUUAACAACUUCCAGAUGAUCAUGCAGGGCAUCCCCGGGACAGGCGACAUCGGCGUGCAUGGCGGUGGGCAUUAUUCGCUGGGAGGAGACCCGGGUCGCGAUGUGAGCACGUCACCUGGCGAUCCGGCGUUUUAUUUGCACCAUGCCAUGAUUGAUCGGGUGUGGUGGAUGUGGCAGAUGGUGGAUGCGGAGAAGAGGGUGUAUGGCGAGACGACGGCGGUUGCGGGGACGAGGACGUUCUUGAAUAUUCCUGAGAGCGGGGAGACGACGUUAGAUGAUGAGGUGGAUUUUGGCUGCUGCAUCGACAAGACCAACAGCGCAGAGCUGCAAGAAGCCAUCAACUCCAUGUUCCGAUGGUACCGCAACUCGAGUGUGUGUUUAGCCCUCCUGUCUGAUGUGGACAAGUCACACUUUGACUUCAACGAAGAGCUACAGACCUACGCCACAUUCUUUUGCCGCUGGUUCACCCGAGGUUGGACCCUACAGGAGCUCCUGGCGCCCGAAAGGUUGCUCUUCUUCGAUGUCAACUGGAGGGAACUGGGCUCACGCUCCGAGUGGGCGAGCCACAUCUCCAAAGCUACUGGUAUCCAUGUCAAGUUUCUUCUCGGCAUCGAGCUGGAUCCUUGCAAAACUUGGGACCUCGAAGCCGUCCUUCGAGACACCAGCGUUGCAACCAAGAUGUCAUGGGCCGCCGGGAGGCAGACAACGAGAGUCGAGGAUGAGGCGUACUGCUUGCUCGGCUUGUUCGAUAUCCAUAUGCCAAUGCUGUACGGCGAAGGAAGAAAGGCGUUUGCUCGGCUACAACAAGAGAUCAUGAAGUCUACCGAUGACUGCACUCUGCUGGCCUGGGGUUACAAUGAGCCGCUUCUUGGAGCCCCCGUCUCUGAGAUCCCCUUCUGGUGUCGUUGUUGCCGUUGUGACCAGCACCGUCAGGAAAAUCCUGGGCCCUUACCCGACAGACUCGACUUUAACCUGGGGCUUCCAUCCGAACCACUCCGUCUCGGCUCUCACCUUCCAGCAUGUGCUUAUGCAGGUGUUACCUCUGGCCCUCAAGGCGGAGUACUGCUUCAAGACCAAUUUUGUAGAGAUCUCAACGGCCGAGUACUGCGUCAACGCCGACUUUGUAGAGAUCUCAACGGCCAUGAUGCUGGCGGUCGCCCAAGGUCCCUGUUUGCGACAUCCCCAAAGGACUUCAAAUUCGCUGGCAACCUCGAGCCUUGCGGGAUACCAGGACACCAGAGACCAACUUUUGCAUUGAGCCAGCGUGGGCUAGACAUCACUCUGCCUAUUGUCAGAGACGAGUUACAUCCGCAUAUCGUGUACGGUCUCCUGGCCUGCAGUACCAAGGUCAGGACAAAACAGCCCAGCCUAGUGGCCCUUCCUUUGAUCCGCUCGUCCGUCAUUGACGCCGCCUCAAAGGACCAUGAUGAUGAGUAUGUUCAAAGCCCCUUCUGUCUUCCCUGCAAAGUUCCUGUUUCCUUUGCCGAGAAAGCGGAGAAGAUGAACAUCUGCAUCCGCCCUGAGGACCGCUACCGCCGAUUAUGGGAUUCUGUUGGCUAUCUGGAAAGGUCCUUGAUAUUCGACUUUGGACAUCCGUUGGCAACUAAGAGGGGCGGAGGCACCCUUCGCCUAGAGCUGAUGUACCCCCCUCAGCCACUGUGUAGCAUGUACUUCACCCUUCUUCGCCAUAGCUGUCCGUUACCAAGAGUUCCUUGUGCACCUUUCCAUACGUUGGAGGAAAAUUGGUGGUGGUGUCACCUGACUCGACCUCUUCCCCGGUUUCGCGUGUUGCCAGCCACAGGCCAUCCCUGGGACGAAAAUAUUCAUAACAAAGUACAAUACACUCCAGACACCACCAUUGCGGCUGUUGUCUUGAACUUUGACCCCUUUCCCGCUUACGCUGAAAGCCCGAAUCAGACAAGAAUGCUUCUGGUUGUGUCUUCCGAUCUUUCCUGCCGAGUGAGAAAGCUGGGGCCCGACAAGGUCAUCACCUUGCAAACUCUAAUGACAAUUGCCCAUAAACCUGAGCUGGCAGGCCCGAAGCUAAAGUUCGAGUCCAGGGAAAGUGAAGAAUGCGAAUGGUGGAAGGAGGCACAUGUUGUCUGCAAACUGCCCGAUGGCAUAGAGUUGUGCUUGCGCACGUGGUGGUAA